GAAUAUUUUAAAGUGAAAUUAAAUCCGUUAACCGUGCCACCAUCCAUCGACCGUCGCCAAAUUUAAUUCCGCCAAUUUUUUAUCCAUCUCAAACAGAUUCCACGAAAACUAGUUAUAAUGGCGAGGAGUCAUGGGCGUGAAGUGAUUUCCCUGCAAAUUGGGCAGGCCGGCGUUCAAAUCGGGGACUGUUGUUGGGAAUUAUAUUUGGUUGAACAUGGAAUUGAUCGUGACGGGAGUGUCCUCAACUCAGCAUUACCUGCCGAAGACAAUCUAUCCACCUUUUUCUCGGAAACGGGGAGCCAGAAAUACACACCAAGAUCCAUUUUCAUCGAUCUCGAGCCAUCUGUAAUUGAUGACGUGCGAACAGGUAAACACCGGAAUCUGUACCACCCGGAACAACUCAUUUCUGGGAAGGAGGACGCAGCUAACAACUAUGCCCGUGGACAUUAUACUAUCGGAAAAGACGUGAUCGAGAACGUUAUGGCCAAGACCCGAAAAAUCGCAGAGCAAUGCGAGAGUUUUCAAGGAUUCCUCAUAUUCCACUCGCUGGGCGGUGGAACUGGAUCGGGAUUCACUUCGUUGCUGAUGGAAAGGAUAAGCGGGGAGUAUUCGAAAAAGUGUAAGCUUGAAUUUGCCGUGUAUCCAGCACCAAAAAUUUCGACUGCGGUCGUUGAGCCCUACAAUGCUGUACUUACCACACAUUCAACUUUGGAGCACUCAGAUUGCGUCUUCAUGAUGGACAACGAGGCCCUUUACGAAAUUUGUCAGCGAAGCUUAGGCGUCGACCGACCUAUCUACACGAACCUAAACCGUCUAGUGGCUCAAAUAGUUUCUUCAACUACAGCUUCCCUGCGCUUUGAUGGGUCUAUGAACGUGGAUUUGAACGAGUUCCAAACCAACCUGGUGCCCUUCCCCCGAAUCCAUUUUCCUUUGACCGCGUUUGCGCCUCUGAUGUCAGCCUCGAAGGCACUCCACGAGCAACCCACCAUUUCGUCAAUCACAAAUAGUUGCUUCGAGCCUGGUAGCAUGAUGGUUCAGUGCGAUCCUCGGCGUGGAAAAUACAUGGCAUGCUGCAUGCUCUAUCGGGGCGACGUCAUGCCCAAGGACAUCAACGCAGCUAUAGCUGCGGUGAAGGCAAACCGAAAUAUUAGCUUCGUGGACUGGUGUCCCACAGGAUUUAAAAUAGGCAUUAAUUACCAAAAGUCUGCAGUCGUCCCAGGUGGUGAUUUAGCCGUUAUGCCCCGAGCCGUUUGCAUGCUCUCAAAUACAACGGCCAUUGCGGAGGCCUUUUGUCGUUUGGAUGAGAAAUUCGACCUUAUGUACAAGAAACGAGCCUUCAUUCAUUGGUUCGUCGGUGAAGGUAUGGAAGAAGGCGAGUUUUCAGAAGCACGAGAUGAUCUGGCUUCUUUGGAACGUGAUUUUGAAGAGGUGUCUGGCGACACUGACUAUGACCUAGUUGAAGGGGACGACGAAUUAUAGGAAAAAGUCAAUAAAAAUGUUGUUUUAAAUGUUAAGUUUACAUAGGGAAAAGUAAAAAAUAUUGUAUGGUGGCAUAAAUAAAAAAUGUUCAUAUUAGUUC